AUGGUUCAUGACGGGGAGGGUUGGAAAUCGAUGAAGAUUUUUAACGGAGGAAAGAAACCAGACGUGAGGUGGGACGUAUAUCAAUCUAAGGCGCAUGUUGGAUCUCACGGUGUGAGAGGUUGUGUUACGAUAUAUUUCUCGAAAUUUUUAGAUUCUUAUGGCGCGGUGGAGAUGUUCGAUGCUUUUAGAACGUAUGGAGAGCCUGUUGAAAUCAUCAUUCCACCCGAAAGAAAUAAAUUUGGGAAGAGGUUUGCUUUUGCUAGGUUCAUUGGAGUGGAAGAUUCAAAAAAACUUGUGAUUUGUCUGAAUAAUAUAUUUUUGGGGAACAAGAUUUAUGCUAAUCUUCCUAGGUUUCAAAGGAAUUUCUCUUCCGUUAAAGUCCAGAGGGAUUCGAAUAGGGAUGAUUCCCCAAACAACAAACCCUUUAGGGACUUUAGUUCCAAUUCUGAUGGUUUUACUUCCAGGGAGGGAAAGAGAACCUUCGUUGAAGUUCUAAGAACGGACAGAGAAGCUAAGGUUGUUGCUAAGAGAAAGGAGGCUUAUGUUGGUAAGGUAGUAAUCCCGGGAUCUUCUUACAACAUACAUACUCAUUUUGAAGCGGAAGGAUACUUCUCUAUUAAAGUGACACCUUUAGGAGCCAAUUUUUGCCUUCUUGAAGAGAUGGAGGAAGGUGAGAUUCAUGGUUUGAUCAGAGAAGGAGAAUCUUGGUGGAACCAGUGGUUCACUGAAAUCAUGAAAUGGAAAGAGACGGACGUCGAUCACGAAAGAGUAACUUGGAUUAGGGUUUUUGGGAUUCCCUGUCACGCGUGA